GCAUAUUCUCCUCUAGGAGUGUGUUUUUGGAGCCACUAAAUUCAUGUUCUCUGUUUAUAUACACAGUCCCUGUUUUCGGUGGAGAACUUUGUCCAUUACAUGACUGUGUCCUUGGAAAUGCUGAUGAAUGAGGUUCCUCGAAUGAUAGUGAACGUGGUCCAGAUACUGCCCAUGGAGACCCUGAGGGAGGUGCAGAAGCCCACGCCAGGAUGUCUGCUCCAAAGGUCAUUCUGCUCCUGUCUGGUAAAGCCAGCUGCGGGAUCUGCUGAUCUGAAGGAGCUGGUUGGAGUCAACCUAGAAUUCCAGAAAGCACUGGAGCAGCUCUUGCACGCUGACCGCUUCUUUAAGAAUGACUUUGCGGUAGUUUUGCAGCCAUUUCUGAAACACGCAGAUCCUCCAAGGCUCCCGAAUGGGAAGAUUGAUAUGAGCUUUUUUACUCCGGACUGUUUCCACUUCACCAUGAAAGGACAUGAGGAAUUAGCCAAGGGACUGUGGAACAACAUGUUUCAACCUGAGGGGGAGAAGUUCAUGGUGGAGAGCUUUUCAAACCCUAUUGAGCUCAUUUGCCCCCCUGUGAGUCAUCCGUACAUUUACACCAGACCCAGUGCUGCAAAGUCAGGCACAUCACUUCCUGAGAGGCCCCAGUCAGCUGGCAUCAGACUAACUGUUCUCCACCUCAUCUUGGCUUUCCUUCCACUGUGGUUGGCUGUUAAUCUGGCCUCCUUGUAGGACAUCCAUAUGGAGUAUCAUGGUACAUCACGUCUGCCCACCCAAUGUUCUGCUUGUGCUUAAUAUUGCUUUGAACCAUUGAGGAUCUAUUCCGAAACUUGAGCCACUGCAGAAUGGUUUAUGACGAAAGUGAUAACGAGGGAGUAAAAGAUAAACAACGAGUUAUCAAAAAUGAACAGGAAAUCAGAGUUGGCAAAAUAUGAAGACUUGCUUACAUUCAAUAUCAUAUUUAAUUGCUUUGUAGAGUUUAUGCAAUGGAAACGGGGAUGUUAAAACCUCAGAAUAUAAAAAUAUAUGCUAAUGUGAUGACCUUUUCUGAUAUACCCAACCAAAAUAGCACGAGAGCAGGUGCAAAGCCACUUUUAGCUCGGUGUAAUGCUGCUAUAAUUCAUUUAGGUACGAAAGGUAACUGUGUAAGCUAAUUCCGGAUGGUUUGAAUAAAAACGGCCAGAGGUUAUAACAUAAACACAUUAAGCCUAGAAUUGAAUGUUGACUGAGAACAGCUGUUUUGCUUCUGAGAGCAUGGUGAAAAGUAAACUGUUUGAGAGCUGCUUAAUGCCCACAGUAAUAAGAUAAUCGCUUUGGAUGCUGCAACAUGAGAAGUGCUUUUGGUCUUCUCAAAUAAAGCUUUCAGAAGGGGUAUUUACCCGUUUUCCUUCCAUUUGUUUUUUUUCUUUGAAAGUAAUUUUUAUUUAUUUACUAUAUGCCUUUUCUAUACAGCUGAAGGUUCUUCGUGGUUUUUUGAAUGAAUACUUCUAUUACCAGUCAAAGAACCCAUCUUUAUAGUUGUGAUCAGCAGUUCUUGGAAACAACCAAACAAAUAAACAAGAAUCAUUUAUAUAAACUAUAGCAAUGCAAUUAUAUUGGU